CUCGCGCUCGCUCACACCUGUUUGCCGUGACGUCGCUGUGCGCAAAUCGCUUUGCAAAGACACUUUGACACUAAGAUACUGGGAAAUGCUCUGCGUUGUCGUCCCCUCCACGAAAGGCGCUGUGUCGACUCUAAGGACUAUUGUUAUUGUCAUUAUUGUUGUCUGUUGUUGUUGUUGACUGUGGUUUGUUCUCGAUGCAGCUGAACGUUUUGGCCGGGAAAGGGAGAGAGUGUAACAGAGCGGGAAGCUUGCACUCCGAGGGGACACCUCCUCGACUGUCCCGGAGAGAGAGAGAGACAGAGAGAGAGAGAGAGAGAGAGAAGGGGGAGAGAGAGAGAGCUGUGGGGAAAACCUGCCUUCUCAUCACCUACACAACCAAUCUCUUCCCGGAGGAGUACAUCCCCACCGUGUUCGAUAACUACUCUGCUACAGUGACUGUGGAUGGCCACAUGGUGAACCUGGGACUGUGGGACACAGCGGGGCAGGAGGACUACGACAGACUCCGACCUCUCUCCUACCCCCAGACCGACGUCUUUGUGAUCUGCUUUUCUAUGGUCAGCCCUGCCUCCUUCCAGAAUGUGCGAGCCAAGUGGUUCCCUGAGGUGAAGCGGCAUUGCCCCCACUCCCCCAUCAUCCUGGUGGGCACUAAGCUGGAUCUGCGGGAGGACAAGGAGACUCUGGACAAGCUGAAAGAGAAGAACCUGGCGCCUGUGACCUGCGAACAAGCCACUCAAGUGGCCAAGGAGAUCGGAGCUGUGAAGUUUAUUGAGAGCUCAGCGCUACUGCAGCGAGGGCUGAAAGCUGUGUUUGAGGAGGCCAUUCGCUCUGUGAUCUUCCGUCCCGCCCAGAAGCGAAAGCUAAAGUGUUCCUUAAUGUAAAGGUUGGAAGAGGGCGCGAGAGAAGGUUCGGCCUCAAGCCAGCACCUCGUCUCUGGGAUAAGAAGACUCUUGGUGGAGG